AUGGCCAGGUCCCUCGUCUUGUUCGCGGCCCUCGUCGCCCUCACCUUCCUACUCGCCUCCCUCGCCCACGCCUCGCCCUCCAACAACAACAACGGCCAUGGCAAUGGCGGCGGCCACGGACACCACCCGCGGCCUAGCCGAAGCCCGCAGCCGCCGAAGCCGACGGUGUUCAUCUUCAACGACGUGAACAUCGACGACUUCAUGGCCAUCAAGUACCUGCUCAAGUACUCGCACCUCGAGGUGGGCGGCCUCAUUCCCGGCUGCGCGGGCUUCUGCAACAUGGGCCCCGGCAUCCAGAACCUGUUCGGCCUCCUGGCCUACAUGGACCGCGACGACGUGCCCGUGUGGGCCGGCGAGGCCUACGCCUCGGCCGAGCUCGACUCGGGCAACUACUCGUGCAAGUACCAGAAGACCGUGCCGCUGUUCCCGCGCGGCAAGGUGUGGGCCGACACGGCCGUGGGCCUCAACCAGCGCUACCCGCGCCUGACCGACCCGCAGCGCAACUACUACCCGGGCUUCCCGCAGGUCUACGACCGGCUGCCGCAGGCCAUGGCCGAGAUCGACGGCCCCAUCGUCUUCCUCUCGCUGGGCACCCUGACCGAGAUCGACUACCUCUUCCGCCGCUUCCCGGAGCUCAAGCAGCGCGUCGACCGCAUCUACAUCAUGGGCGGCGCUGUCAACGUGCCCGGCAACCUCUUCUUUCCCCGCGGCAACGUGCCCAACACCUACGCCGAAUGCAACAUUUACCUCGACCCCGAGUCGGCGCGUAACGUGUUCAUCUCGGGGGUGCCGAUCACGCUGAUCCCGCUCGACGCCACCGACGACUUCCCGAUCGCCGACGACUUUAUCGCCGAGCUGGGGCAGAAGGCCCGGCGCACCAAGGAGGCCGGGUGGGUGCACGCCCUGCUGGCCACCAUCAAGGCCUUCGGCUCGAACAUCUCGCUGUGGGACCCGCUCGCCGCCGGCGUGCUGGCCGACCCGUCGAUCGUCGUGGAGCAGGUGACGGUCAACAUGACGGUCGUGAUCGAUCAGUACACGCAGAUCGGCCGCACCGUGAUCGACAACGUCGAGGGCAAGCCCGUCGAGGUGGUCCUGAAGGCCAGCCAGGACUUCUACGACAUCUUCAUCGAGAAGCUCAGCCAACGCGCCCGCUACUAG